AUGUCGGACAAGAUGGCGGCGGCCGCGGCCUCCCCUCAGCCGCAGCCCGGGCCCGGCCCGCCGGCGGCGGAGGAGGAGGGCGGCGGCCCGCGGGGCGGCGGGGCGGACGGGGAGGCGGAGGCGGAGGAGUUCGGGUGCCCGGCGCACUGCUCCGACCUGGCCUGGCGGCAGAACGAGCAGCGCCGGCACGGCCUGUACUGCGACAUCACGCUGGCGUUCGGCGGCGGGCGGCCCGGCGCGGCCCGCGAGUACCGCGCGCACCGCUCCGUGCUGGCGGCCGCCACCGAGUACUUCACGCCGCUGCUCUCGGGCGGCUUCGCCGAGUCGCGCUCGGGCCGCGUGGAGCUGCAGAAGUGGAGCUCGGAGGGCGGCCCCGACCCCGACACGGUGGAGGCCGUCAUCGGCUUCAUGUACACCGGCGCCAUCCGCGUCGGCCCCGGCAACGUGCACGAGGUGCUGGAGAUGGCCGACAGGUUCCUGCUGACCCGGCUGAAGGAGUUCUGCGGGGAGUUCCUCAAGAAGAAGCUGAACCUCUCCAACUGCGUGGCGGUGCACAGCCUGGCCCACAUGUACUCGCUGAGCCAGCUGGCGCUGCGCGCGCAGGACAUGAUCCGCAGGAACUUCCACAGGGUCAUCCAGGACGAGGAGUUCUACACGCUGCCCUUCCACCUCGUCAGGGACUGGCUGUCCGACUCGGAGAUCACGGUGGACUCCGAAGAAAUCCUCUUUGAGACCGUCCUGAAGUGGGUGCAGAGGAACCCCGAGGAAAGGGAGAGGUACUUUGAGGAACUCUUUAAGCUGCUCAGGCUGUCUCAGAUGAAGCCCACGUACCUCACGCGCCACGUCAAAUCCGAGAGGCUGGUGUCCAGCAACGAGGCCUGCGUCAGGCUGGUGUCGGACGCCGUGGAGAGUCACGCCCUGAGGUCUGAGAACUUGCAGUCUGGCAACCUGCAGCAUUCCGCCUGUCCCGCUGCGUUGCUGCCGCGCUUCGGACAAAACAUGGAUGUCAUUAUGGUGAUCGGUGGUGUGUCGGAGGGAGGAGAUUACCUGAGUGAGUGCGUGGGGUAUUUCAUCGAUGAAGAUAGGUGGGUAAACUUGCCGCACAUACAUAACCAUCUCGAUGGGCACGCUGUUGCUGUGACAGAGUCUUACGUUUAUGUGGCUGGCUCCAUGGAACCGGGAUUUGCCAAGACUGUAGAAAGGUAUAAUCCAAACAGAAAUAUCUGGGAGCAAGUCUCAAAUUUAAUAACCAGAAAGCACUCAUUUGGCCUCACCGAAGUUAAAGGAAACUUGUACAGUAUCGGUGGACAUGGCAAUUUCAGUCCUGGCUUUAAAGAUGUAGCUGUUUAUAAUCCCGAGCAAGACAAAUGGCAUAACCUGGAGUCAGCACCAAAGAUCCUUCGUGACGUCAAAGCUGUUUCUGUAGAAGACCGGUUUGUUUAUGUUGCUGCUCGUACCCCUGUUGACAGUGAUAGUGAAGAUGGAUUGAGGGCAGUUAUUAUCAGAUACGAUGCUGAAACAAGGCAGUGGCAGGACGUAGAGUCUCUGCCGCUCAUUGAUAAUUACUGCUCUUUUCAGAUGUCGGUUGCAAACACAAACUUUUACCAUACAGCAUCCUGCUGCCCCAAGAGUUACCCUAUAGAUAACGAGGAAGCCAAGGUAAAGAUCUCUGGCAGGGCCUCAGAUGAGAUACUUGAAAGCUUACCCCCAGAGGUCCUCAGCAUUGAAGGGGCAGCUAUUUGUUAUUAUAAAGAUGACGUUUUCAUCAUUGGGGGGUGGAAGAACAGUGAUGAUAUUGACAAGCAAUACAGGAAGGAGGCCUAUCGCUACUGCGCUGAGAGGAAGCGCUGGAUGCUUCUGCCUCCCAUGCCUCAGCCUCGCUGUAGGGCAACAGCCUGCCAUGUCAGAAUUCCCUUCAGGUGCUUGCAGGGCACGCAGAGAUACCCUAUGCCGCAAAACCUGAUGUGGCAAAAAGACAGAAUAAGACAAAUGCAGGAAAGGCAGAUGCAGGAAAUACACCGACACUCUCUAAGCUUACGAAGAAUGCCACGCUCGCAGAUUGAGUGCUAAUUUCUGGGUUGUCAACUCUUACGAAGGUAGUUUAGGAAAUACUGUGCUAAACCAUUUUGCGAGGCAUUUUAUGUCUUUAUAAGACAUCAGGGUGUUGAGUAGGUUUGAUACGUAAAAGUGGCAUCUUUUAUGUACUGAAAAUUACAAAGGUCAGAAAUUGAGGAUGAAUGGGAAUUGAGAAACUGUCUGAAUCCAACAAUACUACUUAACAGUGCCCAGGAAAAAAACUGCUUUCCUGUACCAGACUGUGACACAGAUCUUUGUUUUCAAGGAUUUCUGUAGAGUUCGUCUCUUACAGUUCUGUUUUGAAAAUCAAAGGUCUCUCUAAUAAUUUAGUGGUUACAUUCGUGUGUGCUGAAAGCACCUGCUUUAUUUGCACUUAAUAUGUUGACAUUCCUUUGAUUCUCCUUCUCAGUGACUAAACUGCACGUGUAAUUGAUGUUAGUGUACUUGGCUUUCUCAAGUUGGAGGCGAGUGCAAUAGUUAAUAACUACAUAUGGAAAUGAAAGCACAAUCUCUCUUUAUAGAGUUACUUCAGGAUGUUUCUAUGUCUGUUGAACAUUUUGUAUCUGUAUGUUGUAGAGAGGCUGUGGAGUUCAUUUGUGAAUGGUUGAUUAGUAGAACAUCAGACACUUGCUAAAAGAGAACUUGAGGCAGUGAUCUUUUUCAGGUGUAUCUGGAGAGGCUUUGAGUUUCCUUGAGAGCUGAAAAGGAGAGACAGCCAGCAGAGCAGUCGUGGACCAAAGUCAGCUAGUCCCUUCUGUCUGUUGGGUUAGUAAGAAUGACAUU